AUGAUGACACCUAACCGCGUUGCUGUUGUUACUGGUGCCAACAAGGGAAUUGGUUAUUUCAUCGCCCUCCAAUUGGGCAUGUCUGGAUUGUUCUCAAACAUUAUUCUUGGAUGCAGAGACGUUCAACGAGGAACAACUGCUGCAAACCAAAUCCAAGCUCUGGUGCAGAGCAAGGCAGACACCAAGAUUGAGUUCAGUCCUCUUGUCAUUGGCGACGAAGCGACUCAUUCUACGUUUUGCGAGAAGAUGAAAAAGGAGUUUGGGAAAGUUGAUGUUCUAGUGAAUAAUGCAGGUUUCGCAUACAAGGGUGUAGACCCUACCCCCUUUGAAGGUCAAACGGAAAAGACACUGAGCAUUAAUUAUUUUGGACUUGUCGACUUUACCCAAAAAAUGUUACCUCUAGUGCGAAAGGGCUCAGAUCCUCGUAUUGUCAAUGUCGCUUCCAUGGCCGGACGCUUGGGACAAGUCUCAUCCGAGCUCCAAAAGAAAUUUUCAGAGGACUCCUUGACCAUUGAUGAGUUGAAUACCUUGAUGAAUCAAUUCAAAUCGGGUGUCCAGGCGGGAACCUACAAGGCUGAUGGAUGGAGCAGCUCAAAUUACGGCAUGUCUAAACUAGGUGUCAUUGCCGCUACCAAGAUUUGGGCCCGACAGGAACCCACCAUAAAAAUCAACGCGUGCUGCCCCGGUUAUUGCGCAACUGAUAUGAGUAGCCACAAAGGAUCUCGAUCCGCGCAGGAUGGCGCCAAGAAUGCCGUCAUUCCUGCCACCACGGAAAACCCGCCAACUGGAGAGUUCUUUAGAGAUUAUGAAAUUAGCACAUGGUAG